AUGGCAGAUAUGUCGCCGGAAGGUGGCGAAGGCCCUCUACCGGCGAUCAAGGCUGAGGCUGUGUCUCCGGUGGAGGAGUAUCGACGGAUAGACCCUCUGAUGAAGCAACCCUUAAAGGCUGGCUCAUCUUAUUUCCUGGUCAACCGGCGAUGGUACACUGAAUGGCUGCAGUGGGUUGGCCAUCCGAGCGUUCAGAGCCCGCAGCUUCGCCCGGCAGAUCCACCCCUGAUAGACGGACUGGACCUUUCUCAGGGUGCUGGCGGUUCUACGGAUGGCCUUAGGCCGCGCACGCACUCGUGGACGAAAGAUCGCCCUGGUGAGAUCGACAACCGGGAGUUGCUUGAGGUGGGCUCGGCAACCGCCAUGAAGCGAUCCUUGAGUGGGCAUGACUAUGAGAUUGUCCCAGAGGAUGCCUGGGACUUGCUGUAUGAAUGGUAUGGUGGCGGCCCUCCCAUCAAGCGCCGUGCAAUCCAGGAGGCAUCCGGAGGUGUCAGGCUGGAGCUCUUCGGGCUCUCCUUGAAGGCGUAUCGAUCUUCUGACAUGGCUGGAUUGCCUAAGGAGAUAAUUGAGUCCAAGAACUCGACUAUCCGGCAGCUCAAGGAGAGGCUUUGCACAGAGAUGGACCUCGAACCCCAAGAUGUGCGCAUGUGGGACUACUUUGACAACAAGAUCUUUGGGCUACUGGAAGAUGAAAUGGAUGCUUCUCUCCACGACAAGCGAAUAAUGGAUAACAAUCCGAUUCUCCUUGAAGAGAAAGAUGCAGACGGCCAGUUCACCUUCGUGGAGGAGAUGAAGUCCAACGCAACAAACACGGCAGGAGCGACCUCAAGCGGAUCUGGGUACUAUUCAUCUUCGUACCAGAACAGUUCCGCAGAUGUGCCGAUGGUCGGCGAGGCCAUUCAGCGAGGUGCAGUUGGCCUGCAGAAUCUGGGUAAUACCUGCUUCAUGAACAGCUCCAUCCAGUGCUUGUCCAAUAUUCCAAAGUUAAGGGAGUAUUUCUUGGAAUUGGACAAGGAGCGAUUGAACCGAACAGCUCACAAGACCCAGGGCAAGCUUGCCGAAGCAUUUGCUGAUCUGUUGAAGAUGAUGUGGGGGGAGGGCACUUCGAAGGUCGCCCCUAGAAACUUCAAGUACCAGGUAGGCCAGUUCGCAGAGCAGUUCAGCGGGUAUGGGCAACAGGAUUCCAUGGAGUUGAUUGAGUACGUCCUUGACGGCUUGAAAGAGGACUGCAACACCGUCCAGGGACCGAAGCCUUACAUCGAGCUGAAGGAGGCAGAUGGCAGGCCAGAUGAAGAGGUUGCGCGAGAAGCGUUAGAUGCUUAUCAUCUGCGCAACAACUCCCGUGUCGAUGACCUCUUUGUCGGCUUGUUUAAAUCCGUGGUGCGGUGUCCAGAGAAAGAGUGUGGACGGGUGUCGGUCACCUUUGACCCCUUCCUGUCAGCGAAGCUGUCUUUGACCAGUACCGCAGAGCAGCGACAGACGUCUUUCAGUCUCUUGCUGGUGCGGGAAGCUGUAAAGGGCUAUCAGCAGGUCAAAGUUCGCGUGAACAAAGAAGCGAGUGUCAAGGAGCUGAUUCAAGCCGCCGCGGAAGAAGUCGGUGAAGGACUUGAGGCAUCAAAGUGCAUAUUGGUCGAGGUCUGGAACAAGAAGGUCCACCAGUUCCUUGAGGAGAAUACUUGCGUGGACAGCAUCCGAGCCGAGGACCACCUUCUUCUCAGCGAAGUAUCGGAUGCUACUGCCUUCCAUGUGACCAAUGAGCAGCGUUGGGGCUCAAGCGGAAGCUACGGGUUCAAUGCUCUCAACAGCCCAGAAGAAGGCAGCGACCCGACGCCCAGCUCCUCGUCAUCCUUCGGUGUUGUGCUCAAUCACAGGAAGGCUUCCAACUCCCACUCGGUGUGGUCCUCUUUCGACCACCUUGGAGUGCCCUUCCUGCUGGCGAUCCGAAAAGAUGCCACUAUGCGAGAAAUGUACGCAGAGGUUCGGCGGUACAUGAAGCAAGCGCUGGAUAUCCAUGCUGGGCCAGAGGCCUGGCGCAUCCACCGCCUCGAGAAGUACGCGCGGGACGGGGUCAGCAUUGACCCGGACAGUGACAAGCGCAUGGACUUCAAGGGCUCCAGAGAGUACUUCUCAGUCGAGUGGCUGGAGGAGGAUGCGAUACCAUCCCUGCUGCACCAGGACCCGUUUAGAAACACCAACGAGGACGUGUCGGACGGCGAAGUGGAUCUCACCCACUUGCUGCAACUCUUUGUUCAGGAUGAGCGGCUAGGAAACACAGACGCCUGGUACUGCAGCCGCUGCAAAGAGCAUCGAGAAGCCUACAAGCAACUGCAGUUCCACCACUGCCCGCCGGUGCUGGUUAUCCAGUUGAAGCGCUUUCAGUACAAUCGAUGGUCACGGGAGCGGCUGAACACCCCCGUCUGCUUCCCACUGGAGGGCCUCGACUUGAGACCCUUCUGCACAGCUUCAUCCAGAGAGUCCUUUGAGUCGCCGCCGAUAUACGACCUGGCUGCUCUUUCAAAGCACAUUGGUUCCCUUGGUGGCGGUCACUACGUGGCCUUCUGCCGGUCGUCAAUAGACGGCUCGUGGUACCACUUUGAUGAUGGCAGCGUGCGACAAUGCUCCGAGCAAGAGGUCUCUGCAGACAAGGUGGGCGCCUAUGUGUUGUUCUACAUUCGCAGAGACAUCCGGCCUCAGACGUUUGGUGCAACCUCAUGA